AUGUCGGGAGGUGCUAGUGACAAUGUUCUAUCCCUCACUACCGACGAGUUGAAAGAGAAGAUUGCCGAGGAAGUUGGAAGGGCCAUCGAAGUUAGCCUACCAAGGUUUGUGGAAAGAAUGCAAAACACCUUACUUUCGACUAUGGAGGAAAGAAUUGGUGAAUUAAGAGAAGACCUUACCAGUGAUAGAGGCAAGGCUAAGGAAAAGAAAGGUUGUUCUUACAACAAGUUUAUGGCGUGUAAGCCCCCAAUUUUCAAUGGAGAGGUAGAUCCAAUUGCUUGUCAAAGGUGGAUAAGCGAUAUUGAGGGUGUUUUCGAACGAACGCAUUGUGAUGAAAGUGACUUCGUGGCUUAUGGAACUGGCCAACUUAGAGGCCAAGCCAAGGAUUGGUGGGACAACCUUAGAAACGAAAGGGGUGUUGAAGCAAUAAGGGCAAUGACUUGGGAAGAUUUCAAAGCACCAUUCCUCAAACAUCAUAGCCCCAAGGCAGUGAUAAAUAAGAUAAAGGAGGAAUUUAUGCAAUUGAGACAAAAAGGUGAAACCGUUGAUAAAAUUACGGGGAUGUUCAUGGAUAAGCUCAAGUUUUGUGAUGACUUGGCCAAAACUGAAGAACAGAAAAUCUAUUAUUAUCACACCAUGCUUAGGGCUGAAUAUAGGGAGUUCAUGACCCCCUCACAUUAUGAAAGCCUCACCGAUAUAAUCAAUGCGGCGCGGGAACGCGAGAUUGAACUAAAAAGGCAAGUUGAAAGAGGUGAGAGGAGGGCCUUGGAUGAAAACCCGAGUCCCGCAAAGAAGCCAAAGGUAGCUGAAUCUUCGAAGAAGGGAAGUGCAAAAGGAGGUUCUCCGAGUUGCAAAACAUGUGGACGCACUCAUAAGGGUGAAUGCUACUUCAAGAACAAACCUUGUGUGGCAUGUGGCAAGAUAGGGCAUGGGGUUGCAAAUUGCCCAGACAAAGUAACGGUGUGCUAUAAAUGUUACCAACCGGGUCAUAAAAAGUCAGAAUGUCCGGAAUUGGUGGGAAAGAAAGAGAGUGCCGACUCUAGGGAUGAAACCCCAAAAGCUAAGGCAAGGUCGUUCCAAAUCACUGCUGCUGAAGCAAAAAAUGGAACCCGACGUGGUUACAGGUAUCUUUACUGUAAAUUCGAUCCUUGCACGUGUUUUAUUUGA